AUGGGGCGUGGCACCCAGCAUAGGCCAGUGAAAAGGGAAGGGGAAGAGAAGAAAGAGGAAAAGAUAGAGAAGAAGAAAGGGGGGGAAGAGAAGCUGGAGACUACGAGGCAGAUGCUCCGUAGCCUUUCCAUGGAUGCGCAAGCGGCGGAGCUGAUCCGUCUCCGAGAGGCGGCAGCUGUCGAAAGAAAGCAACUCCUCUGGAAAGAGGAGAGGAUUUCAAUCCUUGAGGAGGCUAUUGCUGCCAAUCUCCGUCGAGAAGGCCCAGCAAAGUCUGCCGAUGACCCUGCUCCCGCCGCUGCUGCUGCUCAGCCAACUCUUGCCGCGGAGGUGGAGAUGCCUGAGGCCUCAGGUGAAGACUGGGUGAUGGAAGGGACUUGA